AUGGUAUCUCUACGUGGAUACCACAUCGUGAGGCAGGAUCGUAUAGGCAAGGCGGGUGGCGGCGUUGCCUUCUAUAUAUGUGACCAAUUGAGAGCUAGGACGCUGAGGCACUCGGAGGAUGUAUACUGUCGUAGACCGGAAUACUUGGUGGCUGAGAUAUCGACGGACUGGAGUUCCAAGUUCCUUCUAGUGGUCGUGUAUCGGCCUCCACACUGCGGCUACCUAUCGGAGGUUUUCAACAUCGUUGCUGAUUUAUCUGCCCUUUAUAAUCACGCGAUCGUUCUUGGAGACUUUAAUGCUGACCUAAAUUCUCGGUCUUACGAUACCGAAUCUAUCAGGUUUUUUGUUGACACUAUGCAUUUUUCUUUGGUGCUAUAUGAGCCCACUUACCACACGCGCGUGUCUUCUACGUGGCUGGACUUAUGUAUUAUAGAUGAUGCGGAUAAACUAAUCUCUUACGGUCAACAGGAUGUUAACUUCCUUUCGGCUCAUGACAUGGUGUAUAUUGAGUAUGGUUUUAAAAUUAGUUGUUUCCAGGAGCGGAGCGUUAAAGUUAGGGACUUCCGUUCUUUUGAUUCUGAGCGUUUCCUCGAGGAGCUUGGUACCUGUGAUUGGAGUGCCUUAUUUGAUGUGAAUGAUGUCAACGAGAAGGUCGGGAUUCUGAAUGAGUAUCUGCUUGAAUGUUUCAACAGGCAUGCGCCUAUACGGAGGAUUAGUCCGAAGCACCUACCGGCACCCUGGCUUACGAGUGACAUUAGAGAUCAGAUGAGGGAGAGGGACAGGGCGAGAAGAAGGUGGAGAAGGAAUAGAACGGAUGCGAACUAUGAUGAGUUUAGAGUUCUGAGAAAUCGGACGCAGAAUCUGAUACAUGAUGCUAAGAGCAGGUAUUAUCUGACUGCUUUUGAUGAUCUUACAGAUUUGAGUUUGAUAUGGAAAAGGCUUAAAUAUCUUGGCCUGAUCAAAGCGAGAACUACAGACAAACAACUGCUCUUUUCUAUUGAGGAGUUAAACGAACAUUUCUCAGGCUCUUCACCGUCCAUAAACAGAGAUGAAGAUGUUGGGAACGGCUACUAUCUAGGUGAGGGAGAGUACAGCGACAUAAAAUUUUACUGGAAGCAUAUCGAGCCCACCCAUGUGCUUAAGGCUCUUAAGGAUAAUAAAUCGGAGGCAGUUGGUGAUAAAGGUCUAUUGCCGAAACUUAUCAAGAUUGGGUUACCAUGCAUUCUCUCAGUGAUAGUGCACAUUUUCAACUAUUGUCUGGAGGAGGAAGUGUAUCCUGACUUGUGGAAGAUGGCGGUGGUUAGCCCUAUCCCGAAGGUAAAAUGUCCUGCAGAACUGCGGGAUUAUAGACCGAUUUCAAUCCUGUGUGCCAUUUUUAAAAUUAUGGAAAGAAUAGUGGCUGACCAGAUCAAGGAGUAUCUUGUAUCAUCCGACACCCUCGACCAAUCGGCUUAUAGAAAAGAUCACUCAACGCAAACGGCUUUAAUAAGAUUCUUGGAUGACAUGAGACAGGCAGCGGAUGCAAGAUUGGUUAUCAUAGUCGUAUUUUUCGAUUUUACCAAGGUUUUUGACAAUAUUUGUCAUAAGAUUUUGAUUUACAAACUAAGGAAUGUGGGCUUCUCCUGCUCUGCUCUUCGUUGGAUUUGA